GUAGUGGACGAAUCUCGAAACCGUGAAAUCUGUUUUGGAGAUUUUCUGGUCGGAAAUGUAUACUAAGUGUAUAUCGCACCUGCAAUUUCAAUGUUAUUGUUAUUAAAUUCUGAUGAUGAGUUUUGUUUGCAUUGUUUUCAAAUUUUGAUUUCACCCGAGUUACGGAUAAGUGAAUAUAAUGAAAGCAAAAUCUCUGGUGGUAAAUAUUAAAAGAAGAAAACAUUAGUUUUUGGAAGCAGAACGCCCUGUGUAAAUUGUCGAAAAUGUUUGAUGCAUGAUUAUCAUGUAAUUCUUCAAGGAAUCUAAUUAGUGAAUGUAAAUAAAUAUGUAGGUGUUAGGGAAAUACGUGGUAUUUCAUGCGCAAUAAAUGUGCCAACUCUUUGUAAGAAGUAUUUCUGUAUGUGAUAACUGGACUACGUUGUAUGAAAAGUGCUGCCGUAGAGCUACACUGUUCUUUAUGUAUGCCUAUUAUCACAAUGCAAACAGGGACCACCAGUCUUCAUCAUGAUGCAGCUGGUUCUCGAAAAUCCGCCGAAAAUUCUCCCCAAGCCCUUGGUGUAAUUGAAAAUCCCCUUUUUGAAAGGAGUGGAGAGAGAAAUGUCUCUUCUUUCUCUGGUCCCUCCAGACUAUUGAGAGAGAUGUCUGAAAAUCAGAGGGACAGGAGGAAAAGUUUUGUGCAGCGUAGUCUGCAACGAUCCAAAACUGUAAAAGAAUAUGUUGCCAAAAGUACUGCUUCCUUCUUUGGUCUUGAUGAAGAAACAGAACAUAACAGUUAUCAAAGAUGGACCGAAAGGAGAAGAAGGUUGCUGAGUAAAAGAUGGGGAGAACUAAAGAAUGAUGAAACAACACAAUCGCUGGAAGAUGUCUCUUGUUACCCUACUGUGCCUCAACAAGCUCAGUGCAUUUCCCAACAUCAACAGCCAUCGGUUUCUCAGUUGCAGCCUUCUUCUGGAACUGAUUCAAUUGAUGGACCAAGGAGGGUAGAAAGUGUAACGUCGCAAAACUCCUUAUUGUUUCAAAAACAUCGGAGGAAAGAUUCAGCAUAUAAGAUUAUUGUUGACAGUCUUGGACUUAUUACAACAACUGUAGUCAGAAGGUGUUCAUCUCGGAAGUUUUGGCCAAGCCAUUCAAACCAUGCAGCUAAUAGUUAUGCAGCACCAAAUGUAGAUAAUACAUUUAGUGACGACCAACAAGAUAAUGGGCUUCCAUCACAGCAGUUAUUCCCAGAUGCUAGUCAGCUUGUUGAUGAUGUGUUUUUUGAGCAACAGCCCUCUAAUUCUACAGAAGCUCAAAGUCAAAAUGACAAACUUUUGGCUGCAAGGUUGUAUCUGCCACAGACACAAGGGACAUCUGAUGUAGUAGAUACUGUGGAUUCUGUUGCUAGACCAGGCAGUCAAACGUGGCAUCAUUCAUCUCCUCAAGUAGAACUUCCUAGUUCAAAUGUGGGGAUGAAACGUAUUUGGAAUAAACUUUUGAGCCAAGAGUUUCAAAAUUUUGAUCGUAGGCAAUAUGGAAUGGGUGUCAUUGGAAAGUUUUUACAAAGAAGAAUUAGACAAGAUCGUAUCACAUCGAGUGUAAAGCAGCAACUGGACGACAUAGAUGAUCAUAGGCCUUUCUUUACAUACUGGGUCACAACAGUUCAGGUUUUAGUCACAGUGAUAUCACUUGCAGUGUAUGGGUUUGGGCCAUUCGGGAUUAGGAAAACUCAGCGUUCUGGAGAGGUCAUGGUUACUAGUCUUCAUUUGCAGCAAGUAGAUUAUUUUGAGCCGGAUAACUUUUGGCUAGGUCCAAGAGCUGCUGAUCUGGUGCACCUAGGGGCCAAAUUUACUCCUUGUAUGCGGAAAGAUAAAAAUAUUUUUGAUUCAAUAUUUAGGGAUAGGGGGCGUGAAAGGGACACUGCUUGUUGUGUUCGCCAUGACCAGUCUGGAUGUGUACAGACAUCGCGGGAUAAAUGCUCGUUGGCUCAAGGACUUCAUUCAGGGCAAUUGAUAUCUUCAUGGAAAAAGUGGGAUACUAUGAAGCCUGGACCUCCAAGGUGGACGUCUAAUCCAAAUUCAAUAGCAAAAGAUCGUUUAGGAACACAUAGAAGGCUUUCAGGCUCUGUAUGUGGUCAGGAUCCAAGGUAUUGCCAUGAGCCAGCAUCUGUAUUCCCAUAUGAGUGGCCUGAUGACAUCACAAAAUGGCCGGUAUGCAAGGCUGUGGUCCCAGGGCAUCAAGUUGCUGAACCUCAUAUGUCUUGUGAAAUAGUAGGUAGGCCUUGCUGCAUUGGAAUUUAUGGCGAGUGCCAUAUUACCACUAAAGAGUACUGUGAUUUUGUAAAGGGAUUUUUUCAUGAUGAGGCUGCUCUGUGUUCACAGGUUUCCUGCCUUGAUGAUGUUUGUGGGAUGAUCCCUUUUCACAAUCCUGAGGUGCCUGACCAAUUCUACAGACUCUGGACUUCCCUUUUCCUACAUGCAGGCAUCCUACACCUGCUGAUAACUGUGAUAAUUCAAUACUUAAUUAUGACCGAUCUAGAGAAAUUGGUAGGGGCAUUGAGAAUUAGCAUCAUUUAUUUAAUGUCUGGAGUUGGAGGAAACCUAGCAAGUGCGAUUUUUGUACCAUAUAGAGCUGAGGUCGGACCUGCAGGCUCCCAGUUUGGUCUGUUAGCCUGUUUGUUUGUAGAGGUCAUCCACUGCUGGAAAAUGCUGAAACACCCAGGAAUGGCCCUUCUUAGACUUGGUGGUGUUGCACUUGUUCUUUUUCUUGUUGGCCUUCUACCGUGGGUUGAUAACUAUGCUCAUAUAUUUGGAUUUGCAUUUGGUUUUCUUUUAUCUUACGCUUUGUUACCUUUUGUAUCAUUUGGAGCAUAUGACAAAGCAACAAAAGUUAUAUUAAUAUGGGUGUGUCUUUUUAUUGUUGUUGUCCUAUGUGUCGGUCUGCUUAUUUUGUUUUAUGUGCAUCCUAUUUAUGAAUGUUCAUUCUGUAAAUAUCUUAACUGUAUACCAUUAACAGUGGACUUCUGUGAAAACCAAGAUAUUGUUUUCAAAAGACCAGAGUACUGACAUCAGUGUUUUAUGGUGAAAAUAUGUCUGAAGUAUUGUUUUACUAGUCAUUUAAAAAUAAUCAAGACUGUGACAAGAUGUGCAAUGCUGUUUUUUAAAUUUACUCAAAGGCCAGUUGAAGUGCUCUCAUGUUUUGUGAUUUCUAAAUUCGUGCAUGCGAACUUGUCAGCUGCAAGCCUACUUCAACGGACAAGCAUUUUUACUGCUGUGAUGUAACCUUCAUGAGGUGUUUAAAAGACAAUUUUGUCAAUUUAUACUUAAUUUUCGAGAAUCACAAUUGUAAUAUUUUAUUAAAAAUCUAGUAAAACCUG